UGUAUAAUAUGGCUGAAAAGAGUUUUCUAUCUGAUCUGACACGCAUCCAAUUUUAUCACAACUCUUGACGGUCAUUUAGGACUUUUUAACUUAUUUAAGACCGUGUUUAUGUCGUCACUUUUGCUCUUUGUCCAUUAAAGCGCAAAAUUAAAAUGGGAUGCUGGUUUAAUUGUUAAAUAUUUUUAAUAUGUUAAACUGCAAAAAAAAAUUAGCCACACAAUGAACACAUUCAUUUUGACAGCCUUAGUGAUAAUGUAUCCCCAAUCUCUCAGAGAGGGGCGCCUCUGCCUGGUGAAGAAAGGCAGCUGCCCUGGUCUUUGGCCCAGAGACUUGAUCCACCAGUCGAGAGAAGCCCACGCUGGAUCCCUCCCUGGAAACGAGGGCUGGGCAGGGCAGACCUACCGAAGGCUGUCAACAGCAGUCUUCAGUCGGACAAACCUCCUGGUGGUGGACGAGGGAGAGGACACGGCCGCAGCAGCAGAUCCCAGCGUCGGUCUCAAAAACCUGAUCCUGUGUCACUCGUGUCGAAGCCCAAUGGAGAUGAGAUCAGCACUGCAUCAAUAGAUGAUCCACAGUUGGGCCACAUAAUGAAGAACAGCUCUCAGGCUAACACUGGCUCAAAGCGUCAGCAGAAAAGAAAGAAAACCUUGGCUCAGGUGGACGAGGGGAAAACUGAACUGGAGAAGAUGCCCAACAAUAAAGAGGCCACACUUGAACUUCAGGGUGACAACAAAGUAAUGAUUGGAAGCCCCUUGAGGAAAGUGUGGAUCCCGCUAUCCGUGUACAAGGAGGUGUUUCAGCAGGUGGAGCCUCAGAAGGCUGUUGUGCAGGUGCUUCACGCUCUCUUCCCCAUCAGCACACUGUCCUGCAGUGCAGUCACAGGAAACCCUGUCAAAGGCAUCCAGCAACUCGACCCCAACAAAAUAGAAGCCCUUCGUGAGUUUCUGGCUGAGAUGUACCCACAGUUUGACGUCGGCGUGAGGGGUGUGUCGUGGGCACAGUGUCUUGGAGUGAUAAAUAAUGUCACCAAAGACCUAAAGAAAAAAGCUGAAAAAACAUCACAUCUGCCAACAGAGGUGUGUCUACUAGUUUUCUGCUAG